GUACGUCAACAUGGCAAAGUUGUCAAGAAGAUAGUGAGCUCUCAAGCUAUUGCAGCAUCUUUAAUCACAACUCCACCUACAUGUUUGAAAGGCCUUUAGCUGCAGUGACAAGAGGCACAACAGCCUUCUCUGAAUUGAAGACAGUAGUGUAAUCUUUCACUUUGAAGCAAAAUGAGUCUGGCUCUUCAUGAUCUCUUGGUUUGCUGCAGGGGACUAGAGAGUGACAAAGCCACAGAGAGGAAGAAAGAAGCUGAACGCUUCAGACGACUCCUUCGUACCCCAGAGAUUGUGCAGGAGUUGGAUCGCACUUCUGGACCUAAAAAUAAAGGCUCCAAACAACUCACAUGGGAUGCUGUGUUUAGGUUUCUUCAGCGCUAUGUCCAGAAGGAGACAGAAAGCAUACAGUCAAGUAAAUCCAACGUUGCAGCAAGUACACUGGCCACACGGCAGAAAAAGAUGGCUGACAUAUGCAGUUUGAUCAAGUACUUUAUACGCUAUGCAAACAAACGCGGUCCUCGUCUAAAGUGCAGUGAGCUGGUCAAACAUGUGAUGGAGGUGCUGCAGAGCUCAUACAGCUGUUCAGCCUAUGGCGAAGACUAUAGCAGCCUCUUAGUAAAGGACAUUCUCUCCAUUCGCAAGUACUGGUGUGACAUCUCUCCACCACAAUGGCAAAGUCUUUUGGAGUUGUACUGUGGCUUGUUUAAUUCAACAUCCAAGACUAUUAACCGUGUUUUGGUGAGUAGAGUCAUCCACACGGUUGUGCAGGGCUGCUGCAUGCAAACUGAUGGAUUCAACAACAUCCUGUUCAGCUUCUUUUCCAAAGCACUGCUUAAUGCAAGGCAGGAGAAACACUUUGUUUUGGAUCACCUUGUCUCAGCUCUCAACAUCUUCCUGAGAUCUGCAGCUAUGAACUAUCGAAUGAGAGUGUGUCAUCUAGGAGAGGAGCUUCUGCCUGCUGUGCUUUAUGUCUGGACCAAUAUGAGGCCCAGUGCUGCUCUCAAAGAGGAGAUUGUGGAGUUCUUCAAAUUGCAGAUUUGUGUUCACCAUCCCAAAGGCGCCAGGACACAGGACACAGGUGCUCAUGCUGAGGACUGGAGCAGGUGGCACAGUUUGCUGUACAGCUUAUAUGAUGCUUUAGUCAGAGAAAUCAGUGACAUUGGCAGCAGAGGGAAGUAUGUCACAGGCACUCGACACAUAGCCGUGAAGGAUAAUCUCGUCCAGCUCACAGCUGACAUCGUUCACCAGCUGUUCAGUGAUGACGGUGAUGUUCAGGUCUUGGAGGUGACCCAGACCUCCCACAGAGCCACCCAGAUGGGGAGUCCGACUCACGGAGCAGCCAGCAAGCGGCGCCGCAUCGAACUGAGCUGGGAGGUUUUGCGGGACCAUCUGCAGUCUCAGCAUAGUGAUUUUGAUGUCAUACCAUGGCUGCAGAUCACCGCAGUGCUCACCUCUAAGUACCCGUCCAUGGUGCCUGGCAAGGAGCUGGUCCCGCUGCUGUCAGUGUUGCACCAGCUCCUUGCAGAGCAGCGGAGAGGCGAGAGGGGCCCCUACGUGCUCCGAUGUUUGAGGGAGAUAGCGCGGUGCCAGGCCCGCUACCCAGACAGAACUCAGGUUUACAGGACUGAGCUGGACAGACUGUGGGGCCGAGUAUGGGCCUUGGCGCUCCGAGGGGUCAGCUCACCCCAGACAGAGGCCCUUAGUCUGGAUCUGCUGGCUUCCAUUAUCCGUGGUGGGCUGAUCAAUAUGGACAAAGAGUUCUGGAAGCUCUUCUCUGGAUCAGCAUGUAAACCGUCACAGAGUGCUGCUCUCUGUCUGGCCCAGGCCGUUAUGAAGUGUGUGGUCCCUAAAAGUGUCACUGGGAGCUCAGGAUGGGACCAUGUAGGAGUGACGGAUGGAUCUGGGUCACCUAACUUGAAGGAGAUCCUCAUAGCCUGGCUGCUGAUGACUGAUCAGAGUGAUGAGAUGGAGGAUAACUGUAGACCUCACCCCAUUAUUUGCAGAGACUUUCCUGACAAUCUGAUUGCGAACCUCCUGGUCUCCUUGAUUUUUAAAGACACAAGGGAAGGCCUGAAGUUUCUGCUCAGUUAUGAAGGACAAGACAGUGCCCUCCAUGAAGAACAACCAUCUUUGAAUGCCAAACAUAACCUGGAAGACAUUGAGAGAUUGUACUUGCAGUUUAGCUUCAACACGCCGCCCUCAGAAAUCCAAGAGAGCAUUGGGACACUGAAGAAAUCAUCAUCUGGUGGCCAAUUUACAGCUCUUCCCGGCCUCAGAAACAAGUUGGAUCAGUCCCUACUUUCUGUGGCUGAUAACUUACUUAACUGCUACUCACCUGAUUCUCAGUCCACUCCUCCAGAAUGUCUGGUGCGUUGUUUCAGCCUGUUGACUGGUGUGUUAGCAGGCUAUGUCUCCACUGGGUUUCUGACAGAAGAGGACGCCUGUCGAUCACAGCUCUUUGCUAAAGCCAAGGCCUUGGCGCAGGACUUCAGUGGUUUUGUUUCUAGUGUGAAAGUGAAAAUGGCAGAGGAGGGAACCAUGACCACACUGAAGUCUGUCAUGAAGCUCUGCACAUUGUCAGCCAGCAGGAAAAAUAAGGAUGAAGCUUGCCCCAGCUCCUCCAAUCUGUUCAUAAUGAUUUUGCCAGCCAGUCUCCUCAGUGAACUGGCAGAGAUCUGUAAACUACUGCUGAGCAGUGUUUCUAAAAGAGUCAGUGUCGUGGAUGAAGACGAACACAUGGAUGAUGACUGGGAUGUGACCAAAACUCAACAAGGUGGUGGCAUUGACUUGUUUGAUGAUGGUGAAGAACCCCACAGCAGCACCAAUGGGACAAAUGGACAGAAGAGAGACAACAAUGACACUUCAGGUGGUCCAGGUGCCAAGUGCCCCUUAGCAGAGGAUCACUUGGCCAACCAGGACCUGGCUCUUCUCGCAGUCUUGGAGUUCCUCUGUGAGUGUGGCUCCAUCCAAACGGUCCACAGCCUACUUUUUAAACCACAGGAGGUGCGACGCAGGCUACUGCUGCUGGUCGAACAGAUCGACUUCACUAAAUCAGUUCAUCUCAACAUGUAUCUUGUCCUGUUGAAGAUGCUCCCUGCUGAGGACUCGCUGUCACCAGAAGAGUUUGAUUUGCUGCUCCGACCUUUAGCGGACCUGUGCUCACUGUAUCGCCAGGAUCAAGAGGUCUGUGCUGCUGUGCUCUUGGCUUUAUUACCCUCCAUCAGGACCUUGGGGAGAACCCAUCACCUGCCAGAGGAGAUGAGACAUGUUCAAGGAUCUCUGCUACAAGUGGUGUCUGGGUUCUGUUUCCUGAGCCAAACAGGGAAGUGUACGGCAUCUGUGCGAGCUGCCUUAGUGCGAUGUCUGGUCGCCUUACUGGAGGCUGAUUCAUGCUGUAAGUGGGCCGUCCUGAGCCUCAGGGAUUCGAACACUGAAGAGGACCGCUCAGUGUCUGUCGUCCUUCCAUCUUACCUUGCAGAUGCACAUCACCAAGUCCGCAUGCUAGUGGCCUUGUCAGUGGAAAGGUUGUUUCUGGAGAUGAGACCAGAUCACCCAGAUUACAGGAAGAUGUUACCCCUGAAACAUCAGCAGACAGCUUUUGAAAACAUUUACCUGAAAGCACAGGAGGGAAUGAGAAUCCCAAAAAGCAUUUCUCCAGAGGAGCAGCAGGAUGAGACAUUCAACCGCAAAGCUGCACUGUUGAAGAGCUUGUCUCUUGUGCUCUGUUGUAGCCCAGUUUGUGAAAAACAGUCUAUGUUUGCCCUCUUCCAAUCCUACAAGGAGAACAAUGUUGAAGAACAGCUCAUCAAAAAGAUGUUGUGCAGUGUAUCCAGAGUGUUGGGCUACAGAAGCGUGAAAACAUUUAUCAGUUCUCAUCUGCACUACUUAGUGGCAGAGUGGCUAGCGCAGAGACAGUCUGACGACCGCUACACUCUUGGAUCUUUUCCUUACACCCUCCUAGAUCAUGACACAGUCAAAGAUUUUUACAACUCCUCUUACCAGGUGUUGAUACCUCACCUGGUCUUCCUGGAUGACUUUCAGCAGGUGAAGUCUAUCAGCAGGUGUCUUGACAAGGACUGGAAAGACUUGUUGGCUGACUGCUUCCCUAAGAUUAUGGUCAACAUCCUGCCGUACUUUGCACUGUCUGGUCAGGAUGCGCAGGUGGCGCAGCAGAGGGAGAAGGCGCACAGGGUGUAUGACCUGCUCAAAGAUGCCGACUGUCUGGGUAAACAGCAAAUCGACAACCUAAUCCACAGUAAUCUGGCUGAUAUAGUUGUGGAGCUGCUGAUGACUCUGUAUGAAGGAAGUGGCUCUGAAGGAGAGAGAGGAGAGCUGUCACGCUUCACAGGCGAACUGGACCCUGCACCAAACCCACCAUACUUCAGCUCUUUUGUCAUCAAAGCUACAUUGGACUACCUCAGCAAGUGCCACAGUGCCAACCACAAGUCACUGGUGGCCAUUUUGUCAAAAACACCGGUUUCUAUCCAGAGGAUUUUGCUUGCAGUUUGUGAAAGAGCAGCAGAGACCACCAACAACUAUAAACGCCACCGUAUCCUGCUGAUGUAUCACCUUUUUGUCUGCCUGCUGCUUCGAGAGGUGAAGGAUGGACUGGGAGGAGCCUGGGCUUUCGUACUCAGGGAUAUCAUCUACACACUCAUACACCACAUCAACAGCAGACCUGUUCAGUGUGAUGAGGUCUCAAACCGAAGCCUUAGUCUGUGCUGUGACCUCCUGACCUCUGUGUGUCAGGCAGCUUUGCAGUUCUGCGAUGAUGCUCUGGACUGCCACCUACAGGUCAUUGUUGGAACUCUAACAGCUCAGGUUAUGAGUCGGCCUGCGAUCGCAAAACAGGUUCUCAGUCUGUUGCAGUUUCUUGUGAUAGAAAAUCAGCAGAAGUUGAACGAAGCCAUCUGUAGGUUGGAGCCUUUUCCUGACCUCCCUGAGUUCAAAGAGCUGAGGUCUGUACAGCACAGGCUCAAAUAUAACACUGGGACCUUUACACUAAGACAGGAGAUAGCCCAUUUCCUGUCUGUGACACCCUGUGAGUCCUUGCCUCUGACUAGAUUAGAGGGGCUGAAGGAGCUGACCAGGCAGCUGCAUGACAAUAAGGGACAGAUCAGAGAGCUGCUUAAGGAGUGUCAUGCUGACCCAACAGACAGUGUGCUGGUGAAGCUGGUUCCCAGCCUUCUUACGCUGUGUAAACUAGCAGCCAAUCACCCUGGAGGAGCUGAGAUUCUUGAGGCAGCAGGGAGUUGUCUGGGAGAACUGGGUCCAGUAGACUUUUCCACCAUCGCACUGCUCCAUGGCAGAGAUCCCCUCUAUGAAAAAGCUGUUUCUCUCUUCAUCUCCACUGAGUCUCAGUGUCUUUACAUCAUCCUCAACUGUAUGAAUGACGCACUCACUAAUCAACGUAUUGAGGUGAGGCAAGCAGCAGCACAGUGUGUGAAGAACAUCUUGGCCACUCAGUCUGGAGUCGACUUCUGGGAGGAACACAAAGACAGCAGAGACCCCAUGCUGGUCUAUCUCAAUCCCUUCAGAAAAGCCAAGAAAGAGGUGAAUGCUGUGAUUUUUAAGGAGAGUUCAGAGGCCAAGGAGAAGCUGAAGAGUCAGGAGGUUUGGAUUCCUCAGGCAGGAGGCCACAAAGCCUGGCUAAAGGCUCUGUGCACCACCCUGCUGGACAGCGGAGGAGUCAGGAGUGAGGCUCUGCUGCUGUCACGACCACUGUGUCUGGUCAGAGUGGACUGCUGUCAGAGGUUGCUCCCCCUCAUCAUCCACUCCAUCCUGCUGGAUGAUGCAGAUGGCUCAUGGAGGAACAUGCUUUCAAUCCACAUCCAGGAUUUCUUCAGUUUUUGCUCCAGAAGUGCUCAAGCCUCCAGUCGCUCUGCAACACCUCUCAAUUCUGACUCUGGUCAGUUACAGACAAAAUCAUAUAAUACUACAUUUUUUGUAUCAUUUUUUUUUUCUCACAGUUUAUUUUGUCUAACAGAAUCAGACACAGUUAGUCAGGGGUUGUUUGACAAAGCUUCUCUGCGUACGAUGUUGGCUGUUAUUGACUAUCUACGACACCAGCAGAGACCACUGGAGCCUAAUAGUAACUCCUGCGGCACAGUUUGUCAUUCAAACUUCUGGCUGGACCUGAACUACCUGGAAGUGGCCAAAGCUGCUCAGUCCUGCUCAGCUCAUUUCACUGCUCUGCUUUACACUGAGAUCUAUGUGGAUAAGAUCAAAGCUAACAUAGAAGAAAGUCGAAGAACAAAAUCCAAAGCUACUCGGAAGAUCAGUUUUGAAGAAGCCAGCCAGAGCUUCACCAUUUCCACCCUGACUGAGAAGAGUAUGGAAGACACCAAGAUCAGUCUGCAGGAGCUGCUGAUUGAGGUGUACCGUAGCAUAGGAGAGCCUGACAGUCUGUAUGGCUGUGAAGGGGAGACCAUGACCAGUUCUCUCACCAGGAUUCGAACCUAUGAGCAUGAAGCUAAGUGGGGGAAGGCACUGACUUCGUAUGAUCUUCUCUCAACUCUGCCUGAGGUCACUCGACAAGUGGGAAUCGUGGAGGGCCUGCAGAACUUUGGUCUGAGCAGCAUCCUUGCCACCUACAUGAGGGGUUUAGAGAGUGAAGGGGUGGAGUGGGGAGCUGAGCUGCGAGAGCUUCGCUUCCAGGCUGCCUGGAGGAACACCCAAUGGGACUGUGACCUGUCAGAGAGGAGCGAGAAAUCUAAGCCUGGCUUCCAUGAGUCUGUGUUUUGUGCCAUGCAGGCUUUAACAGACAAAGAGUUCUCCAUAUUUGAUGAAAUCCUUAAACAAGCCAGGGGUGCAGAGGUGGAAGAGCUCUGUAGAGGUAGUCUAGAGGCUGUGUCGUCUUUGUAUCCUACUCUCAGGAAUCUGCAGACCAUCAGGGAACUGGAAAGCAUGAAACUACUCUUCUCCAGGCCCUUCUCAGACAUGGCUUUGAGGGACGUUUGCAGGCAGUGGCAGCAGCACUCACAGCUGUUAGCAGACAGUGACUUUUCUUUAGUCGAGCCCAUUCUGGCCGUUCGCUCUGUGGCCCAGCACACCCUGAUGUCCACGGUGGGAGACCCAGACAGCUCCAUGUACCUCAGCUCCGUGCUCAGCGACCACCUCACAGAGCUCUGCCGUCUGGCUCGGAAGGCCGGAAACACACAGCUUGCAGAGCGGGCAGUGUUUCAGAUGAAGCAGCACAGCGGUGGAGGGUCCUGGACAUCCAUUGUGUCGUCAUGGCAACUGGAGGAGGCCCAGGUUUUCUGGGCCAAGGGAGAGCAGGGUCUGGCCCUGGGUCUGCUGAGACAGAUGAUACACAACCUAGAGGAACAGGUGGACUUUAAUCCUGCGCUGCCUCCUGUCUACACUGAGUGUCUCAGGCUGUGUGGUAACUGGUUGGCUGAAACCUGUCUGGAAAGUCCUGGAGUUAUUUUGGAGAAAUACCUGGAGAGGGCAGUGGAAGUGAUCGAGGGUGAAUCAGGAGUUCAGGACCCUCGCCUGCAGAGUCAACGGACUGAGGCCUUCCUGUCUCUAGCUCGCUUUUCUGAUGCCCAGUACCAGAGCAUCGACAAAUACAUGAAAUCCUCAGAGUUUGAGAAUAAGCAGGCACUGCUGAAGAAAGCCAAAGAAGAAGUGGAUUUAAUAAAGGAGCGCAAAGUGUCCAACAGAUACACAGUAAAAGUGGAAAGAGAGCUGGAGCUGGAUCAGAAGGCCCUGUCUAAUCUGCAGGCAGACAAACAGCGCUUCCUGUGUAAAGCAGUGGAGAAUUACAUCGAAUGUCUGGAACAAGGUGAGGAGCAUGGCAUCUGGGUUUUCCGCCUGGCUUCCCUCUGGCUCGAGAAUCAGGACGUUAAGGCAGUAAAUGACAUGAUGAAGAAAGGUGUGAAGAAGAUCCCCUCCUACAAGUUUCUGCCUCUCAUGUAUCAGCUGGCUGCUCGCAUGGGGACCAAGAUGGCCGCCGGCAUCAGUGAGGAUGUGGGCUUCUGUGAUGUCCUCAACGAUCUGAUGUGCCGUUCAUCUCUGGAACAUCCACAUCACACUCUUUUUAUCAUCUUCGCCCUGGUGAAUGCCAACAAAGAUGAGAAUUUUAGCAGAACUCGGCUGACCAAGAGCGCCCCACGGCAGCCGUCGCCAUUUGAUCUGGAGCGUUCGGAGGUUGCUCAGAAGAUCAUCAGUGCGAUCAGGAAAAAGAGAGGUGGGAUGGUCCGCGGGAUCGAGCGUCUGUGUGACGCCUACAUCACUCUGGCUUAUAUGGACGCCAGCAAACACAAGACUGAGAAGAGGCCUAUUCCCAUUCCUGCUGAUCAGCCCAUUAUGCAAAUUAAGGACCUGGAUGAGGUUGCCAUCCCCACAAUGGAGAUAAAGGUGGAUCCAUCUGGUUGCUACGACAAUGUGGUGACGGUCAGGUCCUUCAUGCCUCGGUACCAUCUGGCCGGAGGAGUCAACCUGCCCAAAAUCAUUGACUGUGUCGGCUCUGAUGGCAAGAGCAGGAGACAGCUGGUCAAAGGUCAGGAUGACUUGCGUCAGGAUGCGGUGAUGCAGCAGGUCUUCAGUAUGUGCUCGAUGCUGCUGCAGCGCAACACAGACACUCGCAAGAGAAAGCUCAACAUCAGACGAUAUAAGGUGGUUCCCUUCUCGCAGCGCAGCGGUGUGUUGGAGUGGUGCUCUGGCACAGUUCCUAUCGGUGAGUUUCUGGUGGAUCCCAAGAAUGGAGCCCACAAACGGUUCCGACCUCAGGACUGGACCAACCUCGCCUGCCGCAGGAAGAUGAUGGAUUCACAGAGGCUCGCCUUUGAUGAGAAGCUCCUGGCCUACAGUGAAGUGUGCAAGAACUUCAGGCCAGUCUUUAGAUACUUCUGCAUGGAGCGAUUCCUGGACCCCGCUGUGUGGAUGGAGAAACGUCUGGCUUACACCCGCAGCGUGGCCACUUCCUCUAUAGUUGGCUACAUCGUUGGUCUAGGUGACAGACACAUCCAGAACAUCCUGAUUGAUGAGCAGACCGCUGAACUGGUGCACAUUGAUUUAGGUGUGGCCUUUGAGCAGGGAAAGAUCCUCCCCACCCCUGAAACGGUCCCAUUCAGACUGUCCAGAGACAUCGUGGACGGCAUGGGCAUCACUGGAGUGGAAGGAGUUUUCAGGAGAUGUUGUGAGAAGACCAUGGAGGUGAUGAGGAACUCACAAGAAGCUCUUCUGACUAUUGUAGAGGUGCUGCUGUAUGACCCCUUAUUUGACUGGACCAUGAACCCGCUGAAGGCCUUCUACCUGCAGCACGACGAGCAGCAGGAGCUCAAUGCAACACUCAGCUCCACAAUGGGAGGAGAUGAUUUAGAUAAUCACCGGAAGACCAGUGACAGUCAGUCCUUCAACAAGGUGGCAGAGCGGGUGCUGCUGAGGCUGCAGGAGAAGCUGAAGGGGGUGGAGGAGGGAACGGUGCUCAGCGUCGGGGGGCAGGUCAACCUCCUCAUCCAACAGGCCAUGGACCCCAAAAACCUCAGCAGACUCUUCCCAGGUUGGCAGGCCUGGGUGUAACAGUCACAUUUUCUGCCUUAGGUUACACAGUCAUGUGUCUGUUACAGAAAAGAAGGUACAACUGCUUUAAAAAUCUCCACUCGACAAGAAAUUCAACUGUUUCUUGUUCCAAGGCGUCAUAUCUCUUAUCUGUAUGAUUUACAUGUAGUAAAAAUCUGAUGGAUCAACUAUUACAGUUUCCUGCCCUAGAAUAGUCAUCUUGCACUUUAACUUGCAAUAAAUACAGUUCAACAAAUUGCAUGCAAUCCGUCUAGCAAAAUAAAUAACACAGCUUUUUUUUUUUUUUUGUGUCAAAAUCCUUAAAAUAUAUGAAAAGGCCAAAGUAUUGCACUUUCAUGAUGAAAGGGAACCAGGCCAUGUUCGCUGUAAAGGUCAGAUUAUUUCCAUGUUAUUUUUUCCCAGUGAGAUGUGAAUAUUUACUUCUGGCUGUUGUUUUGAGUCACCACUUAUUCUGUGGAUUUCCAAAGCUCUGCUCUGUGAAUACCUGCCUCUGAAUGUAUGACGUGCCUUUGAAUGAACUGCCUUCCAACCCAGCCUGGCUGAGUUUUACUUGAUCACUUAAAUCUUUUGUACUUUCAGAGUUAGACAGUAGAAUAUGUUAGUCUGUUUGCCUUAGGCCUUCUAGGACAUUUAGAAAUGUACUACGUAUGCAUCAUUUUCCACAGCAGCUCUUUUCUGCUUUCAAUUCUUGUACCAAUGCUGCUCAUAAACAUGUUCACUCCAAACAACAUUAAAAUUUAUAUACAUA